AUGGGAUGGCUCUGCAAGGUUGAUGCAGUUAUUCAGUGUGCCAAAAGGUCAGUGCUCCUCACAAGCCCCAAAGGUGAACGAUUUGAGUUCGUUGCAACACUUCCGUCGGCAGCAGACUGUGCAGUGAAUCAACUGAAGGCAAAUUUGAUUGAGGACAUCAGAGUUGUGUGUGAUUAUCCGGACGUCUUCCCCAAUGAUUUGCCAGAUUCAAGACGUGAGCGGGUGGCGGCGAAGAAGACGCGCACGCUGGUGGCGAUUUGCCGCCAGGAGUACAGUCAGACAAUAUGUGUUGUUCUUGGUCUUCAGGCAGGACUGUCCUUGUUAACUUCUGAAGUGUCCAUGAUUGCAGGCACAGCAAUUGGGUUCAAACUUGUAUUUGAAUACAAUGAUCUUAUGACAGUCAUAUGGUUUACAAGUGUUGUAAAUCUGCUACCAUAUAUGCUAUCAAUUCAGGACAAGAGGAUGGCUGGAAUGUUUAAUACCUACUUGGCUGGCUUUACACUUGUUUAUUUUGUGCUUGGUUUGCUCGUCAGUCAUCCCAAUACCCCUGUUAAUAUGAAUGUAAUGUUCCCCAAGUUGAGUUGUGAAAGUGCUUACUCACUAAUGGCGCUACUUGGCACAAAUAUAAUAGUGCACAGCUUCUAUACUCAUUCAUCAGUUGUUCAGGUGAAGAAGGUUCCGGUUCUUACCCUUGGUUCUCUGUUUCAUGAUCACCUGUUUUCAAUAGUUUUAUCCUUUUCUGGGAUUUUUCUUGUGAACUAUAUUCUGCUGAGCUCAGCAGCAGAUGAAUCAAGAAACGCAACGGUCAUUCACUUUCAAGAGGCAGUACAGUUAAUGAAUCAGAUAUUUACAAAUCCUGCGGCACCAAUUUUGUUAUUGGUGAUCCUUGUCUUUUCUGGCCACAUCAUCUCAAUGACCUGUAUUAUUGGAAGUGAUGUAAUUUCAGAGAAUCUCUUUGGUGUUAAACUGCCUCUGUUUGCACAUCAUAUCCUACCUAAAGUUUUAGCCAUGAUGACUACUAUGUACCAUGCGAAGGUUGCAGGUUCGGAUGGGCUAUAUCAGUUACUUAUCAUGUGUCCAGUUAUCUAG